AUCGAAUUUUCCUUAGCGUGAAUCCUUUUAUAUGCUGAGUUUGUAAAGAUCAGUUUAUAUGACGAUGCUCAUGGAAACUUUUGUGAAGUCGCUGACAAAGAAUUGGUAGAACAACAGUUUUAUAACAGCAUUGAUAUGAGUACUGCAGAUUUGGUAUUCUUCUUGGUUGCUGAUGAAAAAGACAAGGAUGAUGUUUAUAUAGUGUGUUUUAACAUGAAAAAGGAGAAGAUAACCAUCCUUGAUUCGAUUGAAGAUAAAACUAAGGUGUAUGAUACAUGUGUUGAAUGUUUGGGAAUGUGCCAGUAUUUCAAUGAAAAAAAUCUUGAGCAAAAAGCAAGUAUAAUUUCCAAAUUUCCUUUUGAAAUAACAAAGAAGGCAUGUUAUGGGAACAUGGAAGGUAUGGGUGUUGGUGUCAUAGCCAUGAGGCAAUUGGAAACUUUCAAGGGGAAUUUGAAUACGUGGAAGAUGGAUUUGAACAAAAAUGAUGUAAAUGGAUUAAGAAUGCUCUGUGUCCGAUAUUGCUAUGAAAUGCUCACCUCUGAUCAUAAUCAAGUUGUAGUAGAAGUGAAACGGAAAGUGGCAGAAUAUGGAAAGUUUAUCAGUGACACACUUGGACACAUACAGUGACAAUUUGAUUUUUGGGCUAAUGUCUAAUUUGUUUAAGUUUUAGCAAUCUGAUUUUGGGUUAUUAUGGUGUUGAGAAAACAAGAUAUGAUUUGUGUGGAUAUAGGACCAGGUUAACAUUUGUAAUAUCCUCAUUUUGCUUCUAUAGGUGUCAAGCAUGGAACAUU